ACAACAAAUAAUGUACAGUAUCAAACGGAAGAUAUGGAUUUCUGUGAACGUGUACAAAUUUCAACACAUCCACGACUUGUUAGUGCUAACGAAAUAACAAUACAACAGCCAACAAUUUUAGAACAUGCACAGCCAAUUUUAACGCCAACAGAACGAUUACGACGUAACGAUGAAUUAAUUAUGAAAGCAUUGCUUGAUAAGCAAACAAUAUUAGCCGAAUUUCUUCCUGGAGCAAAUAAGAGUAAUCUUGCUGAAUUGGAAAAGUUAACGGAACAGCUAACGGGUAUGACUGUUAUGGAAUUAAAACAAAGAGAUGGUCAAGAAUUAGCAAUGAGUGCAAUUGUACACGGGAAUCGUUUACUUGAUGCAAUAAAUCAAGGUUUGAGUGCACGGAAAGAUGCGGAUGACUCGAAUAGUGGUGCUGUGGUACUUAAAUUGGAUAAUGUUGAAAAUGAUGUGCCAACAGUUGCUUGUUAUAAGCUAACCGCUAUCGCAGCACCUUUAAUGAAUCAUCUGAAAGCAAUGAUGCAAGAACUUGCAAAUGAUAUAAAUCGUGAUGAUAAUAAUGAAAUGGUAGCGGAAACGGAAAGUAUUGAUUGUAAACAGGUAUUAUGUGAUGCGGAAACGGAAAGGCGUAAACGAUUACAAACUAAACGACAGCGUAAUACAGCAGUAACCCUUUCUGCAUCAUUAAUACAUUCUCAUUCACCCACAAACAAUUAA